AUGGGUGGGGACGGUGGUAGUAUCCCUCGUCGAGUUGAGCUUGUGCGAAAUAAAAGAAAGAAGGAAAUUGUUGGCAAGGUCGCUGUUCAUGCAGCAAAGUGGAAACACUGUGCACUUAGCCAGCAACCUCUUCGUCAACCGAUUGUUGCUUGUUUGCUUGGGAGGCUGUACAACAAGGAGGCCAUAAUUGAAAAGCUUCUUGAUGAGUCGAAAUAUACUAGCACAAUUGCUGACCAUAUUAAGAAGCUGAAGGAUGUCCGCGUCCUCAAACUGACACCAACUCCUAAAGAACUACAGAGUCAUGAACUCUCUUCAGGAUCGAUCGAAAAUUCCGCUGAAUCCUUUUGUUGCCCAAUAAUGGGACAAGAAAUGAAUGGGUCAUAUCCGUUUGUUUUUUCAUGGGAAUGUGGGUGUGUCAUCUCAAAACGAGCCGUUGAUGCUGUGAAGGACUCCAACUGCCUCAAUGUACGUCCUUGUGUAAUUUUUUCGACGACUUUCAAAAGUAUAAUUUUGCUUAACCCAGAAACCGAGGAGGAAAUAAAAAACGCUCAACGUCGUCUUAGAGCUCACAAGGAGGCUUGCAAGAAGUCCAACUCAAAUACUACGGGUGAUAAACGAGCUAGCGCCAGCUCAGAGUCGUUUUCGGCGGCGAAGAAACCCAAACAGACCUCGCUGAAAGAGGAGGAAAUCUCAAAGAAGUCUGCGGCUGCCCCUAGGUCUUUACAAUGUGACCCUAAUGUAUCAUCCGUUUACAAAUCACUUUUUACCACUUCGGAAGAGGCCCGUCGUCAACCCAAAGCGCAUUGGGUUACCUUUAACCCCCUCUAUUUUCGUUAA